AUGCUCUCACGUAUGGGUUAUGUAUUGCUUCCAUCGUCAGUACUCGUUAUGCUAUCUGUGAACCGUGACAGUUUCUUCACCUUUUCAGAGUAUAUUUAUGACAAAUGCUAUCAUAUUGAUUUCAUCCUCUGUCAAGCUGGAGACCGUGGAAGACCGCAAGAACUGCAACUUCUAAAGCCCGAAACUGGGAGAUACAGACUAGUAUUCGAGGUCGAAAAAAGUAGUAGGAGUAGGCAGGAGAUGACCGCCAUUAAUAGUACAGUGAACGGGAAUCCAUUCGCUGCCGCUGGUUCGCUUAACGAUCCCACUAAACAAGCUCAGGUACUGUUGUUACUUUAG